AUGCCGCCAAAGAAGCCCGAGCCGGCCAAGAAGAAAAAGACCACGGUCGAGGACAAGACCUUUGGCAUGAAAAACAAAAAAGGUGGUUCCGCGAAGAAGCAGAUAGCACAGCUCCAGGCCCAAGCAGCACACAACAAGACCGCCGAGGCCAAGAAGAAGGAGGCUGAGAAGGCCCGUCGUGAAGCCGAGAAGAAAGCCGCUGAGGCAGCGAAGAAGGAAGCAGCAGACCUGUUCAAGCCCGUGCAGGUUCAGAAGGUUCCUUUCGGUGUCGACCCCAAGACUGUCCUGUGUGUCUUCUUCAAGCAAGGCAACUGUGAAAAGGGAAAGAAGUGCAAGUUCAGUCACGAUCCGAAUGUUGAGCGGAAAGCGGCCAAGAAGGAUCUCUACACCGAUUCUCGAGAUGUGAAGUCUGCGGAGGAGGAGGCGAAGAAGGGCGACACGAUGGACCAGUGGGACGAAGAGAAACUUCGCAAAGUUGUUCUCAGCAAGCACGGCAAUCCUCGGACAACUACCGAGAAGGUUUGCAAGUUCUUCAUUGAGGCGGUCGAGAACCAGAAGUACGGUUGGUUCUGGGUUUGUCCCAAUGGAGGCGACAAGUGCAUGUACAAACACAGCUUGCCGCCUGGUUUCGUGUUAAAGACAAAGGAGCAGAGAGCUGCUGAAAAGGCUUUGAUGGACAAGUCUCCGUUGAACACGCUAACCUUGGAGGACUGGCUCGAAUCAGAACGCCACAAGCUCACCGGCAGCCUGACACCAGUGACCCCCGAGACCUUCGCCAAGUGGAAGAAGGAGCGUCUGGAUAAGAAGGCUGCAGAGGAACAGGCCCGCAAGGCCAAGGAAGCCACAGGUCGUGCUCUGUUCGAGAGUGGCAACUGGCGUGCGGAGGAGGAGAGCGAGGACGAGGACGAAGACGACGGCACCUGGAACCUUGAAGCCCUGCGGCGGGAGACCGAACGACUACGGGAGAAGAAAGAAGAGGAACGUCUUGCCCGAUUGGCUGGUACUUCGGUCACACCAUCUUCGAACGACGAGACCGUUGCCCAAGAGGGCGAAGGCUGA